AUGUUCGGAAGCAAACCAAAGACGAUUAAACUAAAAAUCAACGAACAACAAAUAGAAGAGGUUACACUCAACCCAAAAGAUGAUCUCUCCGAAAUGUUGGGAAAAAUUGCUUCCCAAAACCAAACCAUUGCUCCAAGUACAGAUGAGCAUGUAAUAUUUGUGAUGGGAAACCCAUCUCUUCUCGUUCCAUGGGCAACUCUAUGUAAAAAUUUAUUAAAGGAACAAUUAAACUUGGAAAUGAAACCCUAUUGGAUUCCAAACAAGAGUAAAUUUAAUGCCAUGCUAAAACCUAAAGUAAGAACUGAAAAAUCUGAUGUGACAGAUAGAGUUUUUGGUGGUAGAUUGGAACAACAUUACUAUUUGGAUGAUGAUAAUAAUACUAAACGUUAUUUAAAGUUACCACCAAUUAUAUUCAAGUUAUUUGAAUUUUUGACAAGUGAUAGAGCAGUUAGAAGUGUUGGUUUAUUUAGAAUUCUAGGAUCAGUUGGUCAAACUCAGCAAUUAGUUCAACAAUUCAACGCCAAACAAAAAGCUAAUGAAAAUUUCAAUUCCAUUGUAUUUGAUAAUACAACAGAUCCAAAUAUAGUUGCUAAUUUAUUGAAGGAAUAUUUGAAAGAGUUACAACUUCCACUCCUUCAUCCAACUUCAACAUUUUUAGAAAUUGCAAGAUUGAGUGAUGCAAACAAGAGACAAGAAGAAUUUAUGAAAGCUUUUAAAAAUCUUGAACAUAACAUUUAUAGAAGAGUUUUUCGUGAACUUAUUGAAGUAUUGAAUGAAUUUCUCCAUUAUUCUCAUUUGAACAAAUUGAAUAGUAGAGUAUUGAGCUUAUCAAUAGGUCCAUAUCUCUUCCAACAACAUAAGGAUCAAUCCAUCACUGCAAAAUCAACCAAUGCAGAAUUGUACUAUAAUAUUAUUGGUAUGUGUAUGGAAAACUUUGAACAAAUCUUCUUGCAAGGUUAUGAUUUCAAUGCUUUGGAAGGUGGUUUCACAGCCGAUGAUUCUCAAGAGAAGAGGAGUGGUAAUACAUUGGCCUCAUUCUUGGAAAAGAUGAGAGAUAAGGGAGGUGCCUCCACUGCUUCCAACUCAUUCCUCAAUAACACUGUAGCUGACUUGGCAGGUGUUGAGAGGAAGGAAGUUGAUACAAAUAGUGCAACUUCCUCCUCAUCAUCAACUGUUGCCACAACAAGUAGUGAGCAUAAUGUGAAGGAUGAUGCUACCGAUAUUCAAGAUCGUUGGAGAGAAUAUGUGGAAAGUUGGAAACAAAAGUAUAAACAAGAAAAGGAGGAAUAUGAUAAGGCCCAACAAGAAUUGGAAGAAAUUGUCAAGGCAUGGCAACAAGAAAAGAAGGAACUUGAAGAGGAGAUGCAAAAGCUCAAACUUUCAAUCUCCAGCUCUGACAUUACUGAAGAUGAUGAAAUUAAGCAAUUGGACGACGAAAAGAGAAAACUCCUUAAGGAUAUCGAUCGUGAAAGAGACCGAUUCAAAUUUGAAAGAGAAUCUCACGAUGAAAAGAUGAAAAAGAUCAAGAGAAGACAAUUAUUGGCUCUCAAAAAGAUGGGUAUUGAGAGUUUGGACGAAACCAACACCAAACUCUCUCCAGAAUUCUUCAAAUUGAAGAGACAACAGGAAAAUAGAAAGCAAACAGCAAGAGGAAUCGACACAAGUCCAACACCAAAUGAACAAUCAAACGAUAAUUCUCAAUCUACUGUAGAUCCUCUCAUUGAAGAGGAGGAAAAUAUUGGAUCAGCCUCAUCACUUGCAGGUAGAACAACUGUUGGUGGUGGAAAGAUUCAAGUCAAUGAUAGAUUUAAAAAGAAGAAAUAA